AUGAGGGCAGAAGAAGGCUUUCAAUUCGAACGCUUUCGCGUAGCUUCGCCGUGGUCCUCGGACCCAGCCUUGCGACUCACGAUCCUCCGCCUCUUCUCCAGCGGUAGACAUGCUCUCCGCACCGCCGAGAUUCAACGUCUUUUCGACAAACUCACUGACUACGCCAAUAAAGUCCAAGGCGAGUAUGCUGACAUCGCUGCCACACUCGACACGCAACAGCACGAGCCUACGUUGGUCCAGUACGAUGCUUGGGGUCAACGAGUGGACAAGCUCGUCACAGGUGAAGGCUGGAAGCGACUCAAAGGUGUAGCUGCUCAAGACGCUAUUGUCGCCGAAUCAUACUCUCGACCUGAGGCUACAAGCGGUGGUGGAAGGGCAAGGCUGGGACAGCAUGCUCGACUCUUUGCCUUUACGAGAUCCGUCAUGUUUGCUCCCGUGUCGAAAGUCGUGCUCUGUCCGGUCAGCAUGACUGACGGCGCGGUGCGAGUGCUCGAGCUGUUCGGCACUGAGAAGCAAAAGCGGGAGAAUAUUCCCAGACUGUGCAGUACAGAUCCGAUCACGGCUUGGACAGCGGGCCAAUGGAUGACUGAGCGUCCAGGUGGAUCAGACGUCUCUCGUACAGAAACGGUGGCCAGGCCCGUCAAUGCGCACAAGAAACCCGAAGCUGGCGACCAGUUCGUCAUCAGUGGUUUCAAGUGGUUCUCUUCCGCUACGGAUGGCGAUAUCGCACUGGCACUUGCGCGUACCAACGACGAUUUGCAGCUAGGUUCUAGAGGCCUCUCACUGUUCCUCAUCAAAAUUCGCGACGACAAGACGGGCAAACUCAACGGUAUCCGCGUGCACAGGCUGAAACGAAAGCUGGGAACAAAAUAUUUACCCACCGCUGAGCUCGAGUUGGACGGUUGCAUCGGCGAGCUGGUCGGCGAGAUCGGUCGUGGAGUAGCCACCAUUUCUUCAGUGCUCAACAUUACUCGGCUGUACUCUGCCGGUGGAGCGGUGGGCGCACUUUCGUGGGGUUUGCGCUCAGCGACGGCGUAUGCACAGAUCCGACCCGCGCUGGGAGGGGGUAAGCUCGAAAAACUUCCGCUGCACACGGACCAAUUGUUGAAGGUCACCGUGACGUACCGCGUAUUUUUGCAGAUCUUCUUCUCCAAUGUGCUUCUGAUGGGUGCUAGCGAGUCUGGACAGGCGAGCAAGCGCGAUCAGACUCGAUUGCGAUUGCUGACACCUGCGCUCAAGGCGUUCAUCGCCACACGUGCGUCUGAAUCCUACCUGACGCUCAUCGAGUCCUUCGGCGGACAAGGAUACAUGGAGGAAGUGGGCAUGGCCGAGAUGCUGCGCGAUUGCACCGUCGAACGUAUCUGGGAAGGUACGCCUGCCAUACUCUCGCUCGACGUACUGCGCGUUCUCGUCCAAUCCAAGGGUCAAGCUCUCGUCGAAUUCUUCCAAGACAUCGGCAACAUCCUCGCUUCUCUUCCAUCGAAACUCUCGCAAGAUCUGUCAGCUGAAAUCAGCUUCCUCGGCAAUGUGGUACGUCGAACCGCAUCCAUCUUGACUAACCUCGAUCUGGAACGCCACAUGAAAUCCACUGAUCUCCGAUUCAGCAGGUACCUCUUAGACCUCAUUAUGGCAAUACAAGGAUCAGCGCUGUUGCUCCAACACGCAGCGUGGAAACUGGACACGCUGGCGGCAAGCCAGGAACUGCAAAAGUUGGCCGGGGUCGAGGUGAAUGAGCUCGAGAUGCAGCAGGAUGUAUAUCUGAUCAGGCUGUGGAUUGGUGGGGCGGGUAAUGACGGUGGAGCCGCGGGUUUCGCCGACCUCGCUAGAUUGUCGAGCCAGUUAGAGGCGAGUACGACACAGGCUGUGAAGGGUGAGGAUGCGGUGCAGCUGGGCCAUGCGUUGGUCUACUCCUGGACUCAGGGAAGCGGUGACGUGAAAAGCCACUUGUAG